AUGAGAAUGGACCAAGGAAAGACGUUUAAGAGAAGUGGGAAGUUCUGCUUUGCUGUGUGUGGAUGGAGGGUGGGAGCACUGAUGGCUCUGUGCCUUCUGCAGCAGGCUCGAGGUCACGUUCAACUUCUCCCUCCUCAAAAUGUGACCCUGCUGUCAAAGGAUUUUGCCCUGAUUUUGACCUGGGCUCCAGGGGAAGGCUCUCCCCCAGGUGUGACCUACACUGUGAGGUAUGAAAGCCAGGAUCGCCUGGACAGAUGGAUGAAGGUUCCUCACUGCAAAAACAUCCCCAGAUCCUUCUGCAAUCUGACUUGUGCCCUCUCCAGCUUCUUUGUUAAAGUGCGGGCUCGGGUGAAAGUGGUUUGGGGACGGUCCCAGUCGCCGUGGGUGAAAUCCCAGUUCAAGGAUUACUACUCAGAUGUGGAACUGGCUCCCCCCGUGCUGACCCUGAAUGUCAGCAGGAAUUCCAUCCACGUGAGUGCCUCCUUCCCUCUGCCCAAGUGUGUGGAGAACCUCACUUGGAAAUAUGACCUGAACCUCUGGGAAGCAGGAUCUGAAGACAAGAAGAAAUAUGAAGGUUACUUCAGGAAGGACACGGUGACCAUCAACACCACUGCUCUCAGAGGCAAUUACUGCUUCAGUGCCAGGGCUCUCUAUGAAAGCAUCAGCUUGAAGUACAGCGAAUUCUCCCAGCCUGUGUGUGUGCAAUUAAACCACAAAGCAGUGGAGUGGAAGUUCCCACUUCUGGUUAUGAUCCUUCUGCUUGUCCUUAUCUUCGUGGUCAGUCCCUUCAUCUGCUGCCUGGUGAAACACGAGGCCAAGGAAAGGAAGAUGCCUCUGGUUUUGGAUUUCUCUCAAUUUAAAGAAGCUGGACCAACCUUGCACUUGGAGCUGAGUGAAAAGGAACUCUGCAGUGAUGAUCUGAACUGCACAGAGAAGCCAGUGCCUCAAAGGAGGACAAACAGAGCUUUAGGAGAGCAUCACCUGCCAUGGAUGGCUUCUUUUCCAUCAUCAUCAUCACCAUCAGAGGAUGGGGAUGAGGAGGAAGAAGACAGCAGCCCUUUGAUCCCAUACCAUGAAAUGCCUCGGUAUCCAAAGAGACAUCUCAGCUGCCGGCCUCCCGCAGCAGCUGCGGGGGAAAGCAGCUUGGAUUCAGGAUCUGCAGGGCUCUCUGUGGACACCGGAUCUGUGCUUGACCUCAGAGCCCUGGGAUUCACUCUCUUUGCAGAGAGGAAGGCUGAGGUGGACACCUCGGGGUCCCAGGAGGAGCAGGAGACGUCUCUUUACCUCUGUUCCUCUUUGGGAAGGAUAUCCCUCACUGAUGUGAGAUUCCCAGGUGCCAGUGAGCGUGGGCAGGGUGAUGGAAACGGGGAUGAGAGGAUGGGAAUGACCCCCCUCCACUCCCUGCUGGGGGGGAUUCCUGCUGAACCCCACGAGCAGCACCCUCGCAGGAAGGCUCCUCAUUUCUCCAGGGAUUACCAGAAACCCAUCGUGGACCUGCAGCUCCAGAUGGACUCCACAUCCCAGCCCAGAGAGGAUCCCAGCAGCCAGCUGCUCAUCCCCCUGUGGACGCUGCAGGUGGCAGAGGAUGAAGGCAUUGCAAGUGACUGUGGCAGUGACAGUUUUACAGAAGAGACACUGCCCGACUCCACCGUGCUCAGUGAGGCUUUUGAGACUUCAAACACAGAGGAAAAACAUGAUCCAAAGUUUCAAUUCCCAGGCUACGAGCACUCACAUUACUUGGGAAGGAUCUAAAAUACCCAGCAGGUCUGGGGAGUGCCUGGAAAAUGCUGGAGAGCUCCAGAUAUCCAAGCAAGAGCCCUUGAACAAGGACAAAACGAUGUCUGGCCUAUCCAGGCAAUGGCUUUAGGGACACAAAAAGUGCAUUUUAUUGCUAAGUCACCUCUGUCCUGUCACUGUCCUUCUGAGAAGGUGCCAGCCAGGGGUGAGGGAGGCAAAAGCACAACCCAGCCCUGGGUGGAACCAUCAGCUGGGGCCUGAAAAUGCAGUGUUGUGCCUGCAUGUGGAUUUGGAGCAGACUUUGAACUGCUUUGUGUCACCUUUAUUCCCUGUAAGAAUAUUUUUUCUUAUUUUUUUCUUUAUUGCAGAGCUUGACUGGAAGUUCCUUACAGAGAUAUUCAGCAAGAUCUGG